GAUGCUUAUGUAGCUUGGAGCUUAGACGGUUCAAGUUCGUUCCAUCAUCCAAAUUACCAAUAAAAAGCCACACCUAAUCAAUUGAAAGGAAGUUGCUACUCAAAGAAAAGAUACUGAAAAGUUAUAUCCAAAUUCCAACCAGUUGUACCUAUAGGAUAAAAUCGACAAAGCUCGAACCCCACUUGAUAUCUGAUGCUGAUUGAGUUCUCGACAGUUGUUGAUCCUGAGCUGAUGUAACCCGUUCUGACACAAUAUUUCAGCCAACAGUCUGAAAAGUUAUAGAAAGCAAUGCUAACAGGUUCUAAAGUAACGAAUAAUAUCUUUUAAGUCUUGCACAUUUAUAAGUAGCCACACUUUGAUAUCUUGGUUUCUAGGACUAAUUAACAAUUGAGAUGGGGUGUUGGAAGGAUUGGAAGCCAAUUUUUGUGAUGUUGGCAGUUAGUGUUGCCUAUGCUAUGUUGAAUACUAUGAUCAAGAAAGUGAUCGAUGAAGGGAUGAAUCGGUUAGUUAUCAUCACUUACAGACAAUUGGCUGCUACUCUGUUUAUGGCUCCAGUUGCCUAUUUUAGUGAGAGGAAGACUAGGCCGAAACUGACUUCAGAGAUUUUUGUCUCUCUCUUCUUCAGCGCCAUUCUCGGGGCUUCUCUUACUCAGUAUCUCUUCUUCCUGGGGCUUCAGUAUACUUCAGCGACGUUCUCUUGUGCUUUCCUGACACGCAAAAUAACACGCGCACACGUGCUGUCAAUUUGCGACAGAUUAGAAAUAGUGAAUCCUAAGAGCAGAGAAGGAAUCGCAAAGGUUCUUGGAACCAUCAUUUGCUUCACCGGUGCGAUGUUGCUAACUUUAUACAGAGGAAUUCUCUUAACCAAUUUAUCGGAUUCGAGCCAACAAAAUGAAUCAAAAGAACAAGUAAUUCAUCUGAUGACUGCAAGAAAUAGAGGAAAAUGGAUGCUUGGCACUCUUGCUCUCUUUGCUGGCACUUUCAGUUGGUCGUCGUGGUUCCUCCUACAGGCUAAAGUCAGCAAGAAAUAUCCUGCUCUAUACUCUAGCACUGCCCUUAUAUUUUUCCUAAGUUUUCUUCAAGCUGCUGCAUUGAGCUUUUCUACACAAAGAGGCUUAUCGAACUGGGUGUUGAAGGGCAAACUGGAGAUUGGAACUGUUUUAUUUUCAGGUUUGGUGGGAUCAGGGUUUGGUUUCCUGGCAAUGUCGUGGUGCGUCGCCAAGCGAGGUCCGGUGUUCACUGCAGCGUUCAGCCCUUUAAUCCAAAUCCUCGUAGCUGGCAUCGACGUCACCAUUCUUCACGAACAACUUCACCUUGGAAUCGUUUUGGGCUCUGUUCUUGUGAUUGCUGGCCUGUAUUUUCUCCUGUGGGGAAAGAGCAAGGAGGUGCACGGUGUUAAUGCAGUGAAGCCAAGUGAGGAGAAUGAGGAGAUCCAGGGACCAAUCCCUGCUGUGUGAAUCAAAUUGAUCACAAAAUAUUUCAAUUUUACAUUCGUGGUGUUAUUAAUCAUACCUCAGCUUUUCCACAGAAAUGAAAGGGUCUAUAUCUUUUGUACCUGUCUUUUAUCUGUUUUUUUUUUUCUUUUCUUUUGGAAGGAUAUGCUAUUGUAUUGAUCUUUUUCCUUUUUCCUUGAGUCAAGCUGUAUUUUAACUUGAUAAUAUUUUUCUGUGUGAA